AUGAACAGCGCGUUCAGCGAGGACAUACUCGCUGACAAGCUCGCCAAGCUUAACAACACGCAGCAAUGCAUCGAGAGUAUCCUUUCCCUACUUUUCACCGUUCAAAUCUUUGGACUUUGGACUGUUUGUGCACUGUCGCAUUGGUGCAUUUACCAUAGAAAGAAUGCAGAGCAAAUUGUUCAGACUUGGGACAAGCAGUUCCACAGCUCUGGCAAGGAGCAGAAGGUCCCUUUCCUUUAUCUUGCUAAUGACAUCUUACAGAACAGCAAGCGCAACGGGACAGAGUUUGUAGAAGAAUUUUGGAAGGUUCUCCCUGGGGCGCUUAAAAAUGUAAGUGAGAAUGGUGACGACCGUGGGAAGGAGGUGGCAUCUAGGCUGGUUGACAUAUGGCAAGAAAGGAGAGUUUUUGGCUCACGUGCUGGGGGCAUCAAGGAUGUGAUGCUUGGCGCAGCUCCCCUUCCUGUUUUAGAUAUGACCAAAAAGCGCUCUCACAGUUCAUCAAUAAGGAUUGUUAAAAGAGAUUCGCGUUAUGUGAAACUUAGACUAGGCAUUGGAGGCACUGCAGAGAGGAUUGUAUCUGCAUUGCAUACUGUUCUCAGUGAACAAGCAGAUGAGGAUGUUGACCUCGAAAAAUGCAAGACUUCUAUGCGUCAUGUUGGAAAGAUGGAGAAGGACGUCGACAGCGCCUGUAGCAAAGCCGAAGAUCCUCGUCGUGAGGUUCUUUGCACAGAACUAAAGGAUGAGGAGGCUAACAUGAAAAAAUGCAUCGAAAAGCUAAAAGUUGUUGAGACAAAUAGAGCAGCUGUUGUGUCUGAAUUGAAGGAGGCAUUGCAGGAACAGGAAUCUGAACUGGAGAAAGUCUGCACUCAGUUACAGCUAGCUGAAGCAAUGGUACAUGAAGCCUCCAACAUGCAGCGGAGACUCAAGAAUGAGCCAACCAUUCCGCUGCCCAAAUCAGCAUCUUCAGUAGAGCCAAGAAAGGUGCUUUCCAAUGGGCAAGUAAAGGAGCAGCAGAAGACAGCUGCUGCUAUCCUUGCGGACAAGAUUGCAGCAUCAUCAAACUCUCAGCAGAUUCUGCAGUCUGCACUUUCCAAGUUUGCUGCUGAAGAAGCGAAGAAUUCAUCUGAAACACGCUCAGAUAAGAGGCAGAAAACUGACCAACUUUCGCAGGUACCAAGCGUCGCAAAUGCUGCAGCUUUCGUUCCAAUGCCACAAGUGGUUGCCACAACAGCUCAGCAGCAGCCCCAGGCAAUCUUAGUGCAACAAUCACAUAUGCAGAGCCAAGCCUCUGCAUCUCAGCCACAGUACAAUAUCUACCAGGCCCCUCCCCAGCAGUUUGUCCCUCAGCCUGGGGGUGUAAUGAUGGGCAUGCCUUACAACAUGAGCACCAUGGCCCCGCCGCCGCCGCCUCCACCGCCCCAGAUGAUGAACCUAGGAAGGCCCUCACCUUCAGCUCAACAGCCUCAAAUGGCUGUCAUGCCUCAGACUCAGCCACCAACGCCACCGAUGCUUCAGCAGCAGAUGCCAAUGAACCUAGCGCCUCAUAUGCAGUUUGCCCUUCAACCGCCUGGCGUGCCGCCUUUCAGGACCAUGCAGCCACCUCCUGGGAUGCAAUACUUCCAUCCCCGAUCUCACUGA